AUGCUGUACCGCAUUUUGGAUAACUCGUACCUUAUCGAAGAUAGUAUCGAGCGUAAUGACACUCGGUGGAUGAGUAAAACGAGCGAACUUGUUUGUUUACGGUCGCAUUUAGACUAUCUUCUGUCGGAUAAAUUGCUAAACACCCAGCGACAAGCGAAGUCAGAGUCAGAAUCAACAAUCCAUGCGGCCUCUCUGCAACUCGAUGCUAAGCUCUCGCAGGGUCUUCAAAUGAGUCUUCUGACUGACAAACCGAAACGAUACGUACCCGUAAUUCUGAGUCUGUGA